AUGGGUGAUGUCAGUCAUGCUCUUGCUCCAAACGACAUGCUUCUCUUCGCAGAGUUCAAGAAAUGGAAGGAAAAAGAGCAAGCCAAUAAUGAUGCAGCCAAAUACAAAGUAGCCAGGACCAGCAAGCCUACUCCUGCUGUUGCCAAAUCAAAUGAAAGACAGCGGAUUACCAAGAAACGUUCAUUCGCAGAACAACUUGUUGCUGAUGAAACUGGGGGCGAAGAGGAUGAUGAUGACGAUACUAUCGAAGAUGAAUCUGUCCAUGGGUCUAGUGAUGGUGAAGGUGCUGCUAUCGGUGACUUUGUUCCACAGAACCAGAAGGCAAUUGAUGAUCUAUUAGAUGUGGCAGAAAGCAAAACCCCGUUGAUAGAACAGAUGGGGAUCGGCGUAUAUAACAACCUCAAAGACCGCGAGGAGUACAAACGUCAACGGGCCAUUGCCAGAGAGGCUCUCGAGGCUAAACCGAUGCAGUUUAUCAUUGGUUCGAAAUGGACUGAUGUUAAGACUAAAGCCACCAGGCAGAUUCUCAUUGACAAAGUUAAACAUGCUCUCGCCGAGUACAACUACCCCGAUCACAUCAUCUUGACCAUCAUAAUAUCUCUCACCAAGAACAAACGGAGAAACAAAAACAGGCUCAAGAACAUGCUCAUUGUCCAUAACGGGGGGACUGUUCGAAAGGGAAGACCCAUUAAACACGGACUCUACAGCGGGAAGCGUAAGAGUAAGGGUAAGGAAAGUGAAUCAUCUCAUGCAUCUCAUGCCCUCCCUGAACGUUCAACUACCGCACUGAGGCCUGAAAGAACAGAGCAGGAAGUAUCAGUCGACACCGGGCCUGUCUGUGCACAUACAUCAUCGGCCCCAGCAGCAGCACAGAAGAAACCAGUGGCAGCUAAGGCUAAACAAACACAGGGUUCGUCGAAGCAGCCUACAAGCAGCAACGCUGCUAAACCAUCCAAGGAGAGUCAUCCAAAGACGGCUAGAAAGUCACCAUGGCUGAGCAAACCAGCUGAGACAGUUGAAGAACCCAUUUUGGAUGACAAUGACGAUGAAGACGAGCAAAGACCAGCAACCAAAGCCAAAGAAAUGGCCCCUGUUGUCCUCAACGUAAUGAAUACUGGGGCAACACAGGCACCGGUUGACAGUAUCCCUCCAGCUAUUAGAAAGAGGAUUGCUCAACGGUUUACUCCGCCUCCCAAUGCUGCUAACAAAGAGCCCCCAUCCAAGUCAAGUGGGGAGUAUUUUAUUCUUGUCAAUAAUAGCAAGGUUGUUUACUCCCUUUCGCUAUCAUAUAAACAGUUUCGAGCAAAGUGGAAUGAUCAGGACACCUGGUACCGGUUUUCAGCUUCGCUUGGUCCCCAGAACCUCCUUGAUGACGAAGACAAGUACAAGAGGUUUCUGGCUGCAGUCAAGAAGACCAAGGAUGUGCCGGUCAUGUGGGUACACUCUGAUGCUGAUUACAUGAGUGGGGAUGACUCUGUUUACUACGCAGCACCAAAAACACCGUAUCCAAAACCAGUGAUGCCCAUUGAAUCUCAAAUGCCAGUGGCUCCUCCUGCUCCGGUUGCUGCUGCCAAUUCAAUUGCUGAUAAGUCGGAGCCUAUUCCCUUGUCACCGGAGAUUCCAACUUCUACCAACCCGGCACCAACCGCUCCUACCAAUGUACCAGCUAAACGCCGUGUCAGACCUAAAGGCAGUAAAAACAAGGCUCCUUCUGAGAAGAAAACUAAAGACAUGGAAGAGAAGGUUACAUCCACUGCAAAAGGCCAUCAGAGUGCUGCCGCUGCUAAGAAAGCGGCAGCCGGUGAUUCAAAUGAGGUGGUUGAGAAGCCAAAGAGAACUUACAAGAGGAAGAAGAAGGAUGACGGAAAGGAGGAGCUUAAUGUAACCAACAAUACCGAACCAAUGCCACAGAUCCCUGGUAAAAAGACAACAACCAAGGCCAAAACGAAAGACACAUCUACUCAAAAGCAGUACUCUACUCAAGUACCACUGAGUACACUUGGCACUAUGCCGGACCCUACCCCUCCCUCUGCUCAGCCUGAGCCUGUUGAGGAGAAUGAGCGUAGGACGUUGAUGCCCCCUCCUGCUCAGCCACAGGGUCUUCACACCCUAACACAAGCCCCUACUACACAGGGCACAUUGACACAUGUUCCAACAGCUUCUACACAGAUUAGGCGUGGCUUGAUGCCAAGAGCUGCUCAACUUAGGCUAUCUACACAGAGUCUAAUCCCCACCCAGGAUUAUGCCAAGGAGGAUGGCUUUGCUAUCGAGAAGAUUCUAGGACUUGAUGAUCCUUUUGGUACACCUGCCGUGAACCAGAACCCACCAGCUAUCCCGAGAAAGUCAGCUAGGAGACCUGCCUUUGGUAUCUCGUCUACACAGAUACGCACUGCAGGCUAUGAGACUCCACAGCACCACACUAGCUCUUCUCAAUCGCAAGUGAUUCGUGGGGCGUCCAGUCGUGGUCCGCCGUUGUGGAAGAUCCAAGCUGAGGGCGCUGCCAUGCCCCCCCCAGCUAUGGCGCAUCGCACUCGCACCAUAAGAGACUUCACGACUGCAAAGGAGGUUUACAACAACUCCACCGUAGGCAAUGCCAACAGUCUGUAUCAGCCUUUGACAGGGCCAAUGGGAGUCGGCGCAAGAGUUAGCACUGCUGUUACCCAAGUGCCUGCUCUUGCAAAGAAAGGCGACAUCAUUGAAGCCGAGAUUCAGGCGAUAAACACGCCAUUGAAAAGGCCUGCAGAGGCGGACCCUGCCGGAAAGGUCACAAAAAAAGCUAAGAUCGGAACUAAUAUAUUUAGAACGCUAGCGUACGGACAUGGGGUGCCGGAAACGCCUAACUAA